UCUCUCAAAAUGGAGAUGAUACCCACAACCACCAUCACAACCUCCUCCUCCUCCUCCUCCUCCUCUCCUCUUCCUCUUCCUCCUCCUCCUCCUCCUCCUCUUCCCUGAGCGCCGAGGGGUACUACAUAUCUGCUGCUGUCUUGUUCGUCAUUGCCAUGUUCGGAUUUGUCAACAAUAUGGCUGUGUUCUGUGUUAUUGGCAGGAAUAGAAAUCUACGCACGCCUUUGAACUACCUGUUGGUGAACCUGGGCGUGUCUGACAUGGGCAUAAGUGUGGUAGGGGCGCCUGUGUCUAUGUGCGCGGCUCUAAUGGGUGGCUGGCAGUUCUCCGACGGCAUUUGUGUUACGUACGCCUUCCUUAUGUCACUUUUCGGCAUCACCUCCAUCACCACUUUAACAGUACUAUCUCUGGAACGCUGGCUGAUCAUCACUCGGCCAUUACAAGCUCAAAAAUUCGACAAAGCACGCGCUACAUGGACAGUGUUAGGAAUAUGGCUGUUUUCUCUGCUCCUAACUGCGCCACCACUGGUCGGUUGGGGGCAUUAUGGCAUCGAGGGACCAGGAAUUAGCUGCUCCGUGGACUGGGAGGCCAAAAAGUCACUUAACGCUACUUAUAUAAUCUUCUUGUUUACGUUCGGUCUGGGCGCCCCGCUACUUAUAAUGGCGUUGUCUUACUUACAAAUACUUAUAAGACUGAGACAACACACUACUACCACAACGACAACCACCACCACUACUGCAAGAGCGGAGAAACGCGUAGCAGUAAUGGUGUUAGUAAUGGUCGUUGCGUUCCUAAUCGCUUGGGUCCCUUACGCAGUCAUGGCGCUGGUGGUAGUAGCAAACAGUGGCAGUGGUGGUGGUGGUACUGUUGGGCCCGUGGUUGCCGUCUUUCCAGCCAUCUUCGCUAAGACAUCGUGUAUCUACAACCCUGUAAUUUACGUGGGGCUAAACACGCAGUUCCGGUCUGCCUGGCUGGAGCUAAUACGGUGCAAACAGACAGACAGACACACGCACGCCCACACCACAGAGAAGGUCAGUAUUAGUAACUAUUCAGAACAACAACAACAACAACAACAACAACAACAACAACAACAACAACAACAACAACAACAACUACAACUGCAACUAAUGGUCAACUAUGAUGGAAAGAACCACCUGGCAGUUCCAAUGAGAGAAUUUAAAGCUAGCUCACUCUCUUCCUCCGAGGCGACAAGUGUGAGCGAGAUGGUGAGAGAGAGAGAGAGAGAGAGAGAGAGAGAGAGAGAGAGAGAGAGAGAGAGAGGCUGCAUGAUGUGGGAUGUGCCAGGCUGUACCACCGUCCCUAACUACCUCCUGUGUGGCUACGACCUCUGCAUCACCUUUGCCAAUCUCGUUUGUAAAUAUUUCAAUGACGUGUUGGUCGUCCUCAAGCUUAAGCCUUUUGUAUGUGUUGUUGAGCCUGCAUUUAGUUUGGAAGCUUGA